AUGCUGGUUUCGGCAAGCAGUUACAGUACACCCAGCCAUACAGAUCCCCGGUUACAGUACACCCAGCCAGACAGCUCCCGGUUACAGUACACCCAGCCAGACAGCUCCCCGGUUACAGUACACCCAGCCAGACAGCUCCCCGGUUACAGUACACCCAGCCAGACAGCUCCCCGGUUACAGUACGCCCAGUCAGACAGCUCCCCGCGCCCCAGUUACAGUACACCCAGCCAGACAGUGCCCUGGUUACAGUACGCCCAGCCAGACAGCUCCCCAGUUACAGUACGCCCAGCCAGACAGCUCCCCGGUUACAGUACGCCCAGCCAGACAGCUCCCCGGUUACAGUACGCCCAGCCAGACAGCUCCCCGGUUACAGUACGCCCAGCCAGACAGUGCCCUGGUUACAGUACGCCCAGCCAGACAGCUCCCCACUUACAGUACGCCCAGCCAGACAGCUCCCCGGUUACAGUACACCCAGCCAGACAGCGCCCCGGUUACAGUACGCCCAGCCAGACAGCUCCCCGGUUACAGUACGCCCAGCCAGACAGCACCCCGGUUACAGUACACCCAGCCAGACAGCGCCCCGGUUACAGUACACCCAGCCAGACAGCGCCCCGGUUACAGUACACCCAGCCAGACAGCGCCCCGGUUACAGUACACCCAGCCAGACAGCGCCCCGGUUACAGUACGCCCAGCCAGACAGCUCCCCGGUUACAGUACACCCAGCCAGACAGCGCCCCGGUUACAGUACACCCAGCCAGACAGCGCCCCGGUUACAGUACACCCAGCCAGACAGCGCCCCGGUUACAGUACACCCAGCCAGACAGCGCCCCGGUUACAGUACGCCCAGCCAGACAGCUCCCCGGUUACAGUACACCCAGCCAGACAGCGCCCCGGUUACAGUACGCCCAGCCAGACAGCUCCCCAGUUACAGUUACAGUACGCCCAGCCAGACAGCUCCCCGGUUACAGUACGCCCAGCCAGACAGCACCCCGGUUACAGUACGCCCAGCCAGACAGCACCCCGGUUACAGUACACCCAGCCAGACAGCGCCCCGGUUACAGUACACCCAGCCAGACAGCGCCCCGGUUACAGUACGCCCAGCCAGACAGCUCCCCGGUUACAGUACACCCAGCCAGCCAGCGCCCCAGGAACAGAUGA